UUUGCAGCGGGUUGAGAGUGAAGCUCUGCCUCCAGCCAUGGUGGUCUUCAACCCCUUCCCCUCUAAUCACAGCCCCUCCACCUUUCUUGGGAAACGGCAACUUCGUCGUCUCGAUCAUGUUCCCUGGAACCUGAGGUCGAAUCCUGUGGUAUUUCCCUCAACAAUUAUGGCAAUUUUUUGGGGUCCUAAGAAGAUUUCAAAGCCACAGGAACUCAACCCUUCUCUUGGUUCAUUUCCUCUGAUAGCUUCAGUCCCAGAGGGAUCAUCAGCCAUUCAGAUGAAACCUCAGAAAAUUUCCCUCUCUGUCGUAACAUCAAUAUCUGAGAUUUCUGCUGAAGAUUGGGAUGCAUGUGCAUUGGAUGCAACUGGGCCUGAAAAGUUUAAUCCUUUUCUUUCCCAUGCUUUUUUGUCAAGCUUAGAGGAGUCAGGUUCUGCAACAAAGCAAACAGGAUGGUUGCCUCAGCAUAUUCUUGCUCAGGAUGAAUUUAAGAAAACUGUAGGUGUUGUCCCCCUUUAUCUUAAGAGCCACUCAUAUGGAGAAUAUGUUUUCGAUCAUUCUUGGGCAGAUGCUUUUUAUCGUUAUGGUUCUAGGUACUAUCCAAAGUUACAAUCUUGCGUGCCAUUUACUCCAGUAACAGGCCAAAGAAUUCUAGUUCGUAACACUUGGUUUAAGGAACAGGUGUUUGACAUACUACUAUCAGCAUUGAAGGACAUGCCAGCAAAGUAUCAAGUCUCGUCAUUGCAUGUGACUUUUCCAUCUGAAAAUGAAUGGCACAGAAUGAAGAAUUUCGGGUUCUUGCAGAGGAUAGGAAUGCAGUACCAUUGGAUAAAUCGGAAUUAUCAAAAUUUUGAUGAGUUCUUGAUGGACAUGAAGCAAAGCAAAAGGAAAACUAUCAGACAGGAGCGGAAAAAGGUGGAAGGAGUUGGUUAUGGCACAGUUUUGCUUUUAGCCUAUGAGGAAUCACAUGACUGGCCAGGGUACACUUUAUUUUCAACAACUACUUGUCUACUUUCUGAUUCCCUUUUCUUGGUACUUAAGACUGUAUCAAGCUGUUAUUCUGAGGGAAGCAAAGUAUCUGCUUCUCUUACUGUUCUGGUACUACCUGUAGUGAGUUAA